AGAUGAGCAGCGAAGUAGCCCAUGGAAAUUGAUGGUUAGUGGCAACUACAAAUCAGAAGGCAGAAGCCCAAUUUUGACUUUUAACCGUAGCUUUGCUUGUAGCGAGAGCCACCUCUCAGGUUAAAAUUCUUUGACAACUCCCAACCUCCUCCGAGAAAAAUCAAUUCAACCUCCAAUUUCCUGAGAGGAAUUGCAUAGCAGAGUGGACUGCAAUAAUAAUUCUUCAGAGAUCUUGACGCUGUGCGGUUACAGAUGGCGUACGUAGACCAUGCCUUCUCGAUAUCGGACGAGGACAUCAUGAUGGAGACAUCAUACGCCGUUAACAAUCGGCCUCCGUUCAAGGAGAUCGGCCUCGCUGUUGCUCUUCUUGUCUUUGGUACACUUGGGAUUAUCUUGGGUACCUUCAUGGCCUACAACAAAGUCGGCGGUGACCGAGGCCAUGGGCUUUUCUUUGCAAUAUUGGGAUGCAUAUUGUUCAUUCCAGGCUUCUAUUACACAAGGAUUGCAUAUUAUGCUUAUAAGGGCUACAAAGGCUUCUCUUUCUCCAACAUUCCCCCUGUCUAGAGGAACUCUCCUGCUCCGCCCUAUUGACAAGUUAAAUCUAUGUACAUGUUCAUUUAAGGAAUCAAUGGACAUGGAUCACUUUGACAUGGUAUGCUUUAAUGUGAAGUCAAGCUGUAUUACUGGAAGAAAUAAGGCUUCAAGGAACAUCUUGGUUUGUAGAAAAGUGAGGAUGGCAGGGUGCCAAAUGAGAAAUUAUGUAAAGUUUUUGGAAAUAAUUUUUCCCUUAAAAGUGCUAUAGCCAUUUUGUAUUAUUAUGUCAAAUGUAAUGGGUGUGAAUCUAGUGAGCCUAAAGGAACUAAUAGAUGCUUUAAAUUUGUAGUUCAUUUUUUAAUAUAAAUAGUUCCAUUUUUCUUUCUUUCUUUCUUUUCUUCAUUUUUGCUUGGAAAAAUUGUGGUAGAAAGUUACUUGAAUUGGAGUAGGAACCUUGUCUCCAUUGAUAAUAGUAAGAAAUGUAUUACAACUG